UGGACGUGCCGUACAAAAACAAAUAUGGCGUCUUCGUCUGACGUUCAUGUCCGAAUUUGUAGUCAAGAAAUCAUAAAAUAUGACUUGGAAAUCAAAGCACUCAUUCAAGACAUCAGAGACUGUCCCGGGCCACAGUCUGCACUUUUCAACCUCAACUCUCAGGUCAAAGAAAAGUUUAACAUACUCAGGCUCAGAAUACAGGACUUGGAGCAGAUGGCCAAGGAGCAGGACAGAGAAUCAGACCGAUUGGAAAUACAGGCAGAGACAGAGAGUCAAAGAAGACAACUGCUCAGUAAUCAGAUGGCCUGGAGGAAGGCAAAUCUGGCCUGUAAACUGGCCAUCGACAACAUGGAGAAGGACGAGCUGCUGCAGAGAGGGGAGGCCAAUAGCACCAGACAGAGGAAAGUGACAAAGGAGAGUUUGGUGGAGACAAGCAGUAACAUCACAGAGAGCUUGAUGUCCAUCAGCAGAAUGAUGGCUGAGCAGGUGAAGCAAAGCGAGGACACCAUCACCACUCUGGCCACCUCAUCUCGAACUGUGCAGGAGACAAAUGAGGAUUUCAAAAACAUGACCGGGACAAUCCACCUCGGAAGAAAACUCAUCCUCAAAUACAACCGCCGAGAGCUUACAGACAAACUGCUCAUCUUUCUGGCUCUGGCCCUGUUCCUCGCCACUGUCCUCUAUAUCCUUAAGAAACGUCUCUUCCCUUUUAUUUAGCAAACGGACACUUGAUCAGUUACUUAAAAGUGGAGAACGCACAACCAGCCUAAAGUUUUACAAAAAAAACUCUUUCUUAAACUGUGAACAAAAAUGUCUUAGAGGAAUGUCAUAUAUAUAGCUUGGAAUGAAAUUGUCUUCAUGUGUUACUGAGAGUAAAUGAUUCUUUGCUCAUGUCUGUCUGUAUGCAGAUUUACUGUGCAUUAUUGUUUUCUGGUCAAGUAAGAAGUAAGCUGUCUGGGUGACUUGGAUUGACUUGAUUAAAAAAAAAAAGACUUAUUCAGGGCAAGACAUACCGAUAACCUUUAAUUCCUCCAAUUACCCUAAGGUUUGUCUUUUUGUUUGCGUUUUGUAUGUGAUUUUUUUGUGGCCCUUUUUCUGUAUGUCUGUUAUUGAUGUCUGUUUACAGUGUCACUGCCAGUUUGUUUGACAAACAGGACAAUAAAUGUCAACCAAUUACUGUGCAAAAGUAUUAGGCAUUAUUUUGUGAUGCUAUUAAGCUACAAUCUUUAGCACCCACCAAGGUACGAUGGGUAUUGCUUUCCAGAAGCUACCAUCUUUUUAUCGUGGCUUUAGAUCUAGAUUGUUUUAAUAUAGGCUACUUUUCAUAAAGCCAACUAGUAGAUUUACAAAGUAUUCCCCUUUUAAUGGAAUUUAAAGUAAAGCAGAUGCAAAAGUGAAGAGGUGCAAACACUACCUCAGGUGGUGCAUUCAAAUUUUAGAAAUACAAUAUACAAAAAUAACAUCUUCUAGAGUGUACUUGGUAUAAUAGUGAUACAGUUUCUUAUAUUCAUAUUAGAUGUUCAGAACCUUUCUGAAGCCUACUUCUUACUUUUGCCCUGUUUUGCAAAAUAAUUACAAUGAGGAGCCAAUGGGGGCAACUUCACGAUAUUGUAUUCUCUAUGCACAUAAAAUUAAUCACAGUCCAACAGUGGCAUUAAUAAUGUUUAUUAAAUCAGUCAAAACUACUUAAAAUAUAUUUUUACAUUCAUUUAAAUAAACACUUAAAAAGUGGUGUAUUUCCUGGGGUUUGUUUGAGAUGUGGACGUUCAAGUUGAUUUCAGCCUGUCCUGUAGGUGGUGCCUUGAAAGUGCUCUCAUGACAACAUUCAAAUAUAACCUUAUGACCACUAAGGGAUUAACACAUAUGUUCAUCAUGGCACCUGUAGUGAGUGAGUAGGAUUACCUAUUUUUGGUGCUAAAUCCUUUUAGGUCAUUUGCUUUGAAGGUGCAUUAAAACUGUUGUGGUGAGUUGUCCAACACGUGCUUGUCUUGGCGUUGGAACACCCAAGAUGUUAUUGCUUUGCCUGGAAUGUUUCACCAUAUGGCAUCAAACAUAACCAUCUUUCAUUAAAUCUGUUACACUUCUGUAUAUUGCUUAGGCUGUUUUAUUACACUAAAAAUGUGAAAAACAUGGUAUCCACAGGCUUGCCUCUCCACAGACCUUACUCAUAACAUGGCCUGGUG